GUCAAAUACGGAUAUAAACUUAAAGGUGUAGUGCCGGCUGCAGUUUUCGAGUAUGACGAGUUUUACAGGAUUUCUGGAUUUAAGCAGCGCAAUUGUCAUAUCCAGAAUUGUCGUCUUUUUAAAAAAAAGAACAGAAGUUUGAAGAAAAUAAUGAAAAAAGUAGGAUUAUUGGAAACUGAAAAAAAGUCAAAAAAAGCAUACAUUAUAGUAGCGGACGCCAGCGGCAAAGAUAUACACUUUUUGGUGAAAUAUAUAGACAAAAAUAUAUUUCACCAAAUACUAUGUACAACCUCUGAGUUAAAGAAGAACCAAAAUGAGUGA